CUGCUGCUGAUGCUUCGGGGGCGGGGGGCGGCUAUCUAUGUAUUUCAUUAGGGGAAAGUGGAUAUUUCUCACUAGGGAAAAGUGAAGAGAAACUUCUGUGUUUUUCUUUCCAAAAAGACCUCACCCAGAAAAACACAAAACUCCUAGAAUUUCUUCACACACACACACACCGCCGCAACCCAAUCGGAGUAGUAGUAAGGCUGCCUCCGGGUCUUUUGUCCGUUUAACCACCGCAUGGCAUGCGGGUGGUUAAACGUGCCUCUCCCCAUGCCUCUCCAUGAUGGGGAAAGCUGCUGCAACUAAACUAAUAAUUAAAAAAAAUCCCCAGCUUUCCGCACGCAUGCACAGAGGCACACUCCCUCCACCCUAUUAACUUCUGAGAUUUCAACAAGCAUCAGAUAUCCACCGUUAACCCAUUCUUGCUGCCUAGGAAGCUUGCUUGCUUGCAGUGAUAUUGCAAUUAAGUUUCGUUUGUUUCUGUAACUCUUUCUGCGUUUGUCACGCGUGGGUGCUUCCUUUUCUUGAGACUAGGCGGAUUUUAAACCUAUCUAAAAUAACCCUGAAUAUGCACACUUGGAUCCAUAAUUCUGAUGCAGCAUGCCCCCCGGAACGAAUUGCUCUUAAUAAAGGAAGAGUAGGGCUCUGUGUGGUCACCAGGAGUUGACGGCACACUUUACCUCUAUCUAGGUGUGUGAAACAGCAAGGAUCCAACAGUCCAAGACUACAGCCCCCAUAGUUCAUUGCCACACUUUCCCAGCAUCCUCUGCAGCCCUAACAGAAACAGCAGCGACCUGCCACUUGGCAAAGCGUAACUGGAAGUUGCGGGGUGAUUCGCUGGUCCCUGGAUACUGGUGUGUAGAGGUAGCUCACAUUGAAGGUGAUAGUGCCAUGCUAUACAACACUCUGGGGGAUUAUAGGCAUUGCACAGGUACUCUUGAUUUCAGCCAAAGAAGGAGUUCUGCGAAAUCCAGUUCUGCCCAUGAGCUGAAGGGUUCUACUAUGGGACUUUUGGCACCCCUAUAAGGCAACAUUCCUGGGUUUCAUUGAAGGGAGCCUUAACAGUUAACAAUUGUUGAAUACUGUCUGCCUUUGAAGUUCAGCUUCGAUGAUGAUGGAUUUUGAGGUGCAACCACUUUGUACAGAAAGUUAUGGCUCUCGCAGUGCUCAGCACUACCAGCCCUUGCCCGAUGGGAGCCUGAAUUGUGUCCCAGACAGACCCGAAGAUCAGGCGUACCGUUCUCUACGGGACAUCUUCACGUCAGUCUUCCUACCCCAAGGUUAUCCUAAAAGUGUGAGUCCAGACUACCUCGCCUAUCAAGUCUGGGACACAGUGCAGGCCUUUGCUAGUAGCAUCACGGGGACAUUGGCCACCCAGGCCAUGCUGAAGGGGGUGGGAGUCGGGGACGAGACCUCAACCGUGACGGCGGCCACUGUCACUUGGAUACUGAAAGAUGGGACGGGAAUGCUGGGCCGAAUUCUCUUUGCUUGGAGCAAGGGGAGCAAAUUGGAUUGCGAUGCUAAGCAAUGGAGGCUCUUUGCGGAUGUCCUUAAUGAUGUGGCCAUUUUCAUGGAGAUUGUGGCACCAGCAUUCCCAGCAUGCUUCACUCUCAUCGUGUGCACCAGUGGGUUCUUCAAGUGUAUAGUGGGCGUUGCUGGAGGUGCUACUCGGGCAGCCCUUACCAUGCACCAGGCUCGGCGGAACAACAUGGCAGAUGUUUCAGCCAAAGAUGGAAGCCAGGAGACGCUGGUGAACUUAGCUGGCCUGCUCUUCAGUCUUCUCCUCAUCCCUCUCGUAGCUGAUAAUCUCUGCCUCACCUACUCCCUCUACGGUCUCUUCACGGUCCUGCAUCUCUAUGCCAACUAUCGGGCCGUGCGGGCCAUCUGCAUGGAGACCCUCAACUGGGCACGACUGCGCCUCGUCCUGUGCCACUUCUUGCGAUGGGAGAAGGUUCCAGACCCUGCUCUUGUCAACCCUCAGGAGCCCCUGUUGCCAGGGUUCCGUCAGCAACUCAGUAUGACUCUGGGGGCUCCACUUCAUACUGUGGCUUCUAGUGUUGCUGAUUUCCAGAAAGCUCUUGAGGGAAACUCUACAAACCACUUGAUCUUUUUCAACCGAGCAGCUGGAACUAUUUCUGUGCUCCUGCACCGGCAGGCAGGCAGUGUGGAUGUGAUUAAAGCCUGUACUCACACUCUCAUCCUGGAGGCUCUGCUGUGUCCGGAUGUGUCAGCAUUCCUAGUGGAAAGAGAGUCUCUUCUGGAUCUGCAACAUAAGCUGCAUGAAGGACCUUGUAACAAAGACUGGGUUACAGUCUCUGAAAUACAUCGGCUAUUGAACAGGAUAUUUCCGAAAUUCCUGACAGGACUGACAGAAGCAGGAUGGAUAAUAGACCGGAAUCUUCUAGGCCCUGAGGAGUGGCGUUUGGAUUGGACUGUUCCCAAGAAGAAAAUUCUUUGAUCAUGAGAGACAAUUGGUCCCAAGUUCAUGACUUGCUGAAACCUAGAAGGGAGAGGAUCACGGGUCUUUUGGUGAUGCCAGUAACUAAAUAACUGCGUCAUGUGGGAUUGGCAAAGAUUCAGUGCCAAAAUGGAAGCAAGGAGCAGGCAGGUUAUCUCCUUCGUGAAGUACUGCUUUUUGCUAAAAUCAUGAAAAUAAAUGUUUUAUAUAUGUUUGA